GUCGUAAUCUCCUGCGCGGCUAUCUCGCAAUUGCUGGACCGCAGCAGCUGCGAUCGCAUUUUCGUGUUUGUAGAGGACUAGAGGAGAUGACGUGUUAUGUGUGUGAUCUUCUACUAAUUAUGAGAAAUAAUUUACAUAGUAUGACAUUCUGAACUCAGAUAUCGAAAUUCUGUUAACCUUUGACCUAUGAUUUUGUUUUUCGUAACGUGCAUAUUGUUAUAAAUACUGAGCUAUCUGUUUCCUCCCUAUUUUAUAUUAAAUCUGCUCUAUUGGAUCGUACCUUAUGAAAUAAUUAAUAAAUCACAAUCAAUACUUCGUGUCACCUUUAUUUUUUUUCACUUACCUAUGGCAAUUUAAACCGAAGACAAGGUUAUCGUUUACUAGUGUUUUUGUAAACAAGAAAAUUGUUGUGAUGCAUUUCAUGUUACUAUUCAGUCGUCAAGGCAAGCUUCGUCUUCAAAAAUGGUAUGUUGCUCAUCCUGACAAGGUGAAAAAGAAAAUUACCAGAGAACUUAUAACCACAAUUUUAGCCAGAAAGCCUAAAAUGUGUAGUUUUCUUGAAUGGAAAGAAUUAAAAAUUGUUUAUAAAAGGUAUGCAAGUCUUUAUUUUUGUUGUGCUAUUGAACAGAAUGAUAAUGAACUUCUUACUUUGGAAAUCAUUCACCGCUAUGUUGAAUUACUAGACAAAUAUUUUGGUAGUGUCUGCGAGCUGGAUAUAAUAUUCAACUUUGAAAAGGCAUAUUUUAUACUGGAUGAGUUAUUAUUAGGUGGGGAAAUACAGGAGACUAGUAAGAAAAAUGUACUCAAGGCUAUCUCAGCUCAGGAUCUCUUGCAAGAGGAAGAAACGCCUCAAACAUUUUUUGAAGACCAUGGCCUCGGUUAACAAAUAUCAAUUGGACACAUUCCUUAGACAUUCCAAACUAAUUGAUAAAUAAAUAUAUAAAAAAAAAAAACAAGUAUUAGACACAAUUUAUUAUACUUACGCCUAAUUAUUAUUAUCACUUUUUAUUGUAUUAUGAAUGUAUACAACUAUAAUAGGUGACAGUGCUAUAUGUCCGUCCAAUUUUAUUACAAUUUAUUUUUUGUCCAUAGGCAAUAAAAAAAAAAACUUUUUUCGUUUUGUAUUCCUAUA